UUGUGAAGUACAGAUCGUUAGACAUGGAAGUCUUGGCGGUAUCUGGUGUUUGCAUCGUCAUUGCUACUGCAGGCUUCUCAACUGGCGUUAGGAAACUGCUAGUGACCUUCUUGUCCACUUUACUCAACCAUUAUUAUCAUUGGAAAUACCCGAUUCGCGACGUCUCCCGAGAGAAAAAAAUUCCUUCACUACCGUACACUUGGCCCAAUGGUACUGGAGACACCGCGAAAUUCAUUAAUGGGCCACGUAACAGUCGAAUUUGGCGCCAAAAGUACGGUGACAUCUAUCGCCUUUGGGCAGGUAGUACCCCGGAAAUUGUUGUCUCGGAUCCCAUCCAUUUGAAAGAAAUCUUUUCCGACUCCGACCGCCAUUCAAAAGCGGAGAACAACGAUUCCGGCUAUUUGAUGAGUCAAAUUCUUGGUAAGUGUAUUGGUUUGCUGUCCCCACCAGAGUGGAAGGCAGCGCGCACGAAGUUGGAAUACCCGUUCACACACCGGGCCAUCGAAAGUUCCGCACCGAUGAUGUUGAAAGUAACGAAGCAAUACUUUGACGAAUUUUUUCGAGCGGAAACCUUCCAAGAAGUCCAUCUUGACCCAAUGAAAGAUUUGGAGUUCUACCCGUUUCUGAUCACCGCAACCCUGAUUUACGGCGAGCUGGACGCAAGUCAGACCCAAAACUUGAAAGAAAUCAUGCCUCUGCGAAUCGAGUUAUUUACCUACGUUUUUAAAGGUGGCCUUUCGCGUUUUGCGAUCUCCAAAUACCUUCCUACUCGCUUUAACCAUCUAUUACGCGAAUUUCAAACGAAGUGGAAGGAGUUUAACAGACAGGUCUAUCUUGACAAGACAUCAAAAAUGCUAGAUGUUCCCAUAGUUUCCUUCUGGAAUCUUAUGGUGGCUGGUGGAAUACUAGAGGAGCAGCUUUUGCAAACGCUGGAUGAGGCUUUGUUCGCCAAUCUCGAUGUGACAAGCAGUGUAGUGGCGUGGAAUCUGGUGUUUCUAGCAGCUUACCCCGCUGUACAGGCACGAUUGCACGAAGAGAUCGGAAACGCAACAGCAGAUGGGCCGGAUGUUUUGAGGAGCUACAUCAAAAAUGACAAAACCUACCUAGCAGCUUGUAUCAAAGAGACCGCUCGUCAUCGACCAAUUCUUUCAUUCUCCAUCCCGCAAGCCCCACCCACAGACCGCAUAGUGGGCGACUGGUUGCUUCCUAAAAACACGAUGGUCAUCGUGGAUACUUUCGCCGUCAAUAUGCGGCGAGAGUUUUGGGGCAAAGAUGCCCACGAUUACCGUCCGAGUCGGUUCCAAGAAGUCAACGAAGCAUCAAACCGAUACCAAUUGUGGCGAUAUGGGCUGGGUCCACGUCAGUGCAUGGGCAAAUAUCUUGCCGAUUUCAUGUUGAGAGCUUUGUUAUGUCAUUUAGUCGGAAGAAUCAGUCUCGAAAAUGCAGAGCCAGGGGGUGAUUUGAAUGAGCUGUUAAAUGACGACAUGAAAAUGUGGGUUCGAACACCGCAAACGAAGUUGCGUUGUAAGCUUCGUAAUUGUAGUUCAGUGCCGGUGUCCGGUUGA